GUGCAGUAUUUCUGCUUGGAGAAGCCAGGGGAGCUAAAAAAGCUUUCAUGGGGCGGCUCUGCUACACUUGUUCAGUUGUGACAUGACCGAUAGGAAGAAACGACAGUCAGCGAGAGCUCGAAAGCACAGACGAGAGACCAGACACCUUUAACUACAGCGCGGUGGCAGGAACACGUGAGUUGCAUAAAGAUGGAAGACUGCUUGAUAGAAGACAAGACAACCUUUUACUCGAAGGCAGAACACUAUUGGAAGGAAGUCCCGCCCACUGUGGAUGGAAUGCUGGGAGGUUAUGGCAGCAUUUCUAGCAUCGAUAUUAACGGCUCCAAAAAGUUUCUUCAAAAAUUCCUUGGGGAAGGCCAGGGUAAGACUGGGACAGGUUGUGCUCUUGACUGUGGCGCAGGAAUCGGCCGGAUCACCAAGCGCCUUCUCCUGCCCCUCUUCCGUACAGUGGACCUAGUGGACGUCACACAGGAGUUUCUGGAUAAAGCUCGUGGCUACCUGGGUGAGGAGGCCAAGCGAGUGGAGAACUACUUCUGCUGUGGCUUACAAGACUUUCAGCCCCAGCCAGAACGCUACGAUGUCAUAUGGAUCCAGUGGGUGAUCGGUCACUUGACCGAUGACCAUCUGGUAGAAUUCCUGAGACGUUGCCGGAGCGGUCUGCGUCAAGAUGGCCUGAUUGUGGUCAAGGAUAAUGUUGCAUUUGAAGGUGUGAUACCUGAUGAUGUAGACAGCAGCGUUUGUCGGGACCUGAAUGUACUGCGUCGCAUAGUAGCCCGGGCUGGACUCAGCAUCAUCUGUGAGGAGCAGCAGCAGAACUUCCCGGAGGAAAUUUAUCAGGUCCACGCUCUAGCUCUCAGAUAGCUGUCUGCACUGAACGAGGGGGGGGGGUUAUGUGUUUGUUCGGAAGCCAAUAAUGUGAGAACAAGUUAAGAUCAAUGUUAGCCACACAAGAAGCUACGUUACUGCCAACGUGAUCACAAAAAAAAAAAAUAGGCACAAGACUUGAAGGUGACAUUGGGACCUUGGGAUUUUAAGCAGGGGAGUUUUCUUUGAUCUCUAGAGUUUGUAAUAUAAACAGCUAGGGUUCAUCGUUAUCAUGAAUCUGAAUGCGAAAGUGGCGAAUGGUAGCUUUUCAGAUGUUCAAACAGUUACGCACUCCAGGUGAUCCUCAGUUUGAAGCCCGGAUGGUAGAGACGAUAAAGAAAGAAUGUAAACCAAGCACACGGCUUCGUUUUUAGCAAUAGAUGUGCUGAAGACUUGAAGGGACAGUUGACCCAAAAAUGAAAAUGGUCUUGUUUUUUGAUGACCAUUGACAACAUUUCUCAAAAUAUCUUUUAUGUUUGGAAUCAACAUUCUUCAAAAUGUUGUUUGUAUUCAAAGUCAUACAGGUUCGGAAAGUCAUGACGAUGAAUAUUUGAUCGCAGAAUUGUCAUUUUGGGGUGAACUUUCCUUUUUAAGGCUGUUUGAUCACAGUUCAACAUGUGUCUACGACACUGAACGGUUGGUGUAAAACAUUUUAAUAACUUAUGUGACAAUUUGAAUCUAUACUAGUUAAUGUUACGUGCGAGUUUUCGGCUGUUGACAGAAAACUUCUCUGAACCAUAUGCUGUAUUUUGCCCUGAAUAAACUAAUAUUUUGGA